CUUGAGAGAAUUUAGGUUCGCUCUCUUCCUACCAUUCUACUCCUGACUUUUCAAGGUGAUAUAGAAACUGUAUGACUACGUCACAUCAGCCUUUGCUUUUCCUGUCCCAUGUCAUCCCACAGAUGUGCUAGCUGUGGGCCGGCCCCCACCCAACCCUGACAAGUGACCAUGGAUCCUGGAGCCGGGCCAGAGUCAUCUCUGACUGUCAAUGAGCAGGUCAUCGUGAUGUCAGGCCACGAGACCAUCCGCGUACUGGAAGUUGGAGUGGAUGCCCAGAUCUCAGCCGAGGAGGAGGGCAAAGGGCUGGAGGGCGUGGCUGCUGAGGGCUCCCAGAACAGAGGCCCUGGUGAAGCCAGUGAACCUGCUGGUGAAGCCGGGCCAGACAACCCAGACUCUUCUGCAGAGGCAACGGUGAAGUCUCUCCCGGGGAUCCCUCCGAGCCCUGCCCCUGCCGUUGCCACCUUCAGCCAAGCCCCGAGCCAGCCUCAGGCAUCCCAGACGCUGGCGCCCCUCGCUGUACAAGCUGCCCCCCAGGUCUUGACUCAGGAAAACUUAGCCACAGUUCUGACAGGAGUUAUGGUUCCAGCAGGGGCAGUUACUCAACCUCUUCUUAUCCCCAUCAGUAUUGCAGGUCAAGUGGCUGGUCAGCAGGGGCUGGCCGUGUGGACAAUUCCUACAGCAACCGUGGCCGCCCUCCCAGGACUGACAGCUGCUUCUCCCACGGGGGGAAUUUUCAAGCCACCUUUAGCCGGUCUGCAAGCAGCUGCCGUGCUGAACGCCGCGCUCCCGACACCUGUCCAAGCUGUCCCGCCACAAGCGCCAGCACAGGCCUCGUCGCCCACCCAGCCCCGGCCAGCAGCCCCGCCCCAGACGCUGUUCCAGACCCCACCACUGCUGCAGACCACACCUGCCAUUCUCCCGCAGCCCCCUGCUGCCACCACGACGGCCCCCACACCCAAGCCGGUGGACAACCCCCCACAGAUCACCGUCCAACCUGCGGGCUUCGCGCUAAGCCCGGGAAUUAUCAGUGCUGCUUCCCUCGGGGGACAGACCCAGAUCCUAGGCUCCCUCACUACCACUCCGGUCAUUGCCAACGCCAUCCCCAGCAUGCCGGGGAUCAGCAGUCAGAUCCUCACCAACGCUCAGGGACAGGUUAUUGGAGCCCUGCCGUGGGUAGUGAACUCAGCUAGUGUGGCAGCCCCAGUUCCAGCCCCGAGCCUGCAGGUCCAGGCUGUGACCCCCCAGCUGUUGUUGAAUGCCCAGGGCCAGGUGAUUGCGACCCUGGCCAGCAGCCCCCUGCCUCCGCCCGUGGCUGUCCGGAAGGCAAGCACGCCUGAGUCCCCCGCUAAGAGUGAGGUACAGCCCAUCCAGCCCACGCCAGCCGUGCCCCAGCCUGCGGUGGUCAUCACCAGCCCAGCCCCAGCGGCCAAGCCAUCUGCCUCUGCUCCCAUUCCAAUCACCUGCUCUGAGACCCCUACUGUCAGCCAGUUGGUAUCCAAGCCACAUACCCCAAGUCUGGAUGAGGACGGAAUCAACUUGGAAGAGAUCCGGGAGUUUGCCAAGAAUUUUAAGAUCCGACGGCUGUCCCUGGGCCUCACACAGACUCAGGUGGGUCAGGCUCUGACUGCCACAGAAGGCCCGGCCUACAGCCAGUCAGCUAUCUGCCGGUUCGAGAAGCUGGACAUCACGCCCAAGAGUGCCCAGAAGCUGAAGCCAGUGCUGGAGAAGUGGCUGAAUGAAGCCGAACUCCGGAACCAGGAAGGACAGCAGAACCUGAUGGAGUUUGUGGGAGGUGAGCCCUCCAAGAAGCGCAAACGCCGCACCUCCUUCACCCCGCAGGCCAUAGAGGCUCUGAAUGCCUAUUUCGAGAAGAACCCACUGCCCACGGGCCAGGAGAUCACCGAGAUCGCUAAGGAGCUCAACUAUGACCGGGAGGUGGUGCGGGUCUGGUUCUGCAAUCGGCGCCAGACGCUCAAGAACACCAGCAAGCUGAAUGUCUUUCAGAUCCCUUAGGGCUCAGCCCCCAGCCCUGCAUUCCAGCACUUUGUACUUUUCCCUUGGCCCCUGGCUGCAGCCACUGCCGUGACAGCACCUGUCAUUCUGCCGCGUGCAGCUGUGCUUGUCCUGGGUCGUGAGGCUCCACUGUGUGCAUGUGUGUCCACUGCCUCCCUCGGCUCCUCCACGUAUCUCACAGCAUGGAGAGGGCAGAGGGGCCCGCUGGAGAGCUCCAGGCUCCAGCCGGUCACGCCAGGGGACCCCUCCCUUAAGUGGUGUCACUUAAAGAAGCACUUUGCUAAUGUGGUUUUCCAAGGGUGAAUUCUGGUUGGGAACCAGACACUCUCCAUCCUUGGGGCAGGGCUGCAGCUGCCCCCAAAGGAUCCCUGGCCCUUAGCUCUUGUUCUUGAUGGCAUUCUCUCUCCUCGCUCUCUUCCCCUUUACUCCUGUGUGUAAGUGUGGCAGGUCCAGCCGCUUGUCCCGUGGAACUGUGGAACCGCAGCCUCACCUCCCACCUUUUGCCUGCAGGCACACUGUCUCCCCAAAAGGACCCAAGAGGCACAAUUCCGAAAAGUGUGAUGAGCUGCUCAGAAGGUCAGGCUCAGUGUCUGCCUUGCCUUCAAGGUCAGAAGGUUCCCACAACCCUGGGGCCAGAACAUGGGAUCUCCUUUCCCACUCUCCCUGAUUCCUUUUGGGGGGAAAUUGCACUAAAGCGAAACCUUCUCAUUUGUAAUCCAUGUUGGAAGGAAACAGCUUUGAAACUGCAUUCAGACCAACCAAACCUUCCCGAGUGUGGUAAGAAUGAGGAGGCAGGCGGGCACCUUGCCUGCCCAAGCCUCCCAGGAGAGAAUAUGUCUCCCAAGGGGCAGGCUCAAGUUUAAGGUUAUCUAGCCCGUCUGCAUGAGAUGAGGACCCCACCUGUGAGAGGCAUGCCUAACAAGUUUGCAGUAAGAAGAGUUAAAUACCAGGGUCAGUAAAGGGUUCAGUGGCUUACCCUUCAAUGAAUUAGAGAGAGGCAGGUUUUCACCCUCAAACACUUGCACUCAGAUAUGCUUUCUUUUUUGGGAGAGACAAGUGGGUCA